AUGGCUCCCACGGCCUGUUUCAACUGCAAAGAGGCACGGGCAGUCAUCAUCCGACCCAAGAACAGACACAAGCUCUGCCGAGCCUGCUUCCUCCAGGUCUUCGAGACUGAAGUCCACGAGACCAUCAUCGGCACAAAUCUGUUUUACCCAGGCGAACGUGUUGCUAUCGGUGCCAGUGGUGGCAAGGAUUCUACUGUGCUGGCGGCGGUUCUGAAGACUCUCAAUGAACGAUACAACUACGGACUCGAUCUAUGUCUGCUUUCCAUCGACGAAGGAAUUCGAGGCUAUCGGGAUGAUAGCCUGGAAACUGUGAAGCGCAAUGCAGUGCAGUACGACAUGCCGCUUGAGAUUCUGGGGUACGGCGAGCUUUAUGGAUGGACGAUGGAUCAAGUGGUGGCACAAAUCGGCAAGAAGGGCAACUGUACCUACUGCGGGGUGUUUCGUCGACAGGCGCUUGAUCGUGGCGCCGCAAAACUGGGCAUCAAGCAUGUUGUGACCGGUCAUAACGCGGACGAUGUGGCAGAGACGGUCAUGAUGAAUCUUCUGCGCGCCGAUUUGCCUCGUUUGUCGCGUGGCACGAGUAUUGUCACGGCGUCUGGCGCCUCGGACAUCAAGCGCAGCAAGCCGCUCAAGUAUGCCUAUGAGAAGGAGAUUGUGCUCUACGCGCACCACCGCCAACUCGACUACUUUUCGACAGAGUGCAUCUAUUCUCCCGAGGCGUUCCGCGGAAGCGCGAGAACUCUCAUCAAGGACCUGGAGAAGAUCCGGCCCAGUUCGAUUCUGGAUAUCGUCAAGAGUGGCGAGGACAUGGCUGCACUGGUUCCAUCCGACGGUUCUCAGCACAGCACGCAGUGCUCGUCGGCUGCAGCCGCGGCAGAAGAUGAUGUCGGCGGAUGUGGCAGUCAGAAUGGACGAACCAGCGGCGGCGAAAUGGCGGCCAUGGAGAAAGAACUGGCGCAGAACGAGUCUGCCGAGUCCCGCGAGACCGAGAUUCGUCUCCCCAACAGGGGCCAGUCAUCGCUCGGCUAUCAAUCAAAGUCUGUCAAGAAGCAGACGUUGGGCCAUUGCGAACGCUGCGGAUACAUUUCCAGUCAGCGCAUUUGCAAAGCCUGCACACUCCUCGACGGAUUGAACCGAAACCGUCCCAAGACUGCAAUCGAAGUCAGCGUCAGUGCCGAGGAUGAGGAGACCAGUUCGACGCUCAUGAGACAAAUGGAGCGAACGCAGCUCACGAAUAGCUGA